AUGGGGGCCACCGAGAUUGCCAUCCUUCCCCUACAGGAGGGCAAGACUUUUGACGAUCCGACCACCGCCGACGGCCAGCUACACGCCGAACUUCUCAAGAUUGUGCUCGCCCAGCCUGGCUGCCAGCGAUGCUACUGGGGUCGUCAAGUCGAGGAUAAAAACGUCUUGAGAUGGUUUGUCGACUGGGAUGCAGUCGAAUCCCACAAACAAUUUAUGGCCUCUGACGUCUACAAGCCCUUCCUACAAAGCUUCCUCACCAUACUAGGAGGAAGAGCGACGCUUUAUCAUGCUCAUUUUGACCCUCAUCCUGCUCGCGCAGCCCUCAGUAAAACCACUUCUCCCGCCACGGAAAUUAUUCAUAUGUACUUCCCGACCUCAUAUUCCGAAGAAGACAAGAAGAAGGUGGCGGAUGACAUAAAGGCUCUGAGUGCUGUCCUCGAGAAAGAAGGGAGUGACUUCCGAGCGGCAGCAAGCGGCUGGGUGGAAGAAGACGUGGACAUUCCAGGGACGGACGAGAAAGCCAAAGCGUUCGUGGUGCUGUUCGGUUGGACCAGUGUCGAAGCACACUUGGCAUUCCGUGAAACGAAACCCUUUGCGGAGAACAUCCAUCUUCUUCGCGGUGCGAAGGACUUGAAAAAGGUCCAUGUUGUACAUUCUAGCCUGACCGAGGCCACCAAUGCUUCCUAG